AGAAGCAUGGCCUCCAUGGCGGUGGCCAGGAUCGCCGCCGUCUUGACCGUGGCGGCGCUCUUCGCCGCGGCGGGGGCAGCGGAUCCCCAACCCGCAAAGGGAGCACAUUGCUGGCGGUGCUACUCUUCCUGCAUGCACAAGUGCGACGGCUACCGUGAUGCCGCCGCCCGCUCCGUCAAUCGUACUCAGCCCGCCGUCCACACAACCGUCGACGAUGGUGCAGCAGCCGCCUCCAUCCCCGUCAACUCUAUCGAUGGCACUGCAGCAAUCACACACUCCACCGAUGGCACUCUAGCCGCUGUCGACAAAACCGAUGGUGCAGUCGCCCAUAUCGCCGACGGCUACGACGACAGGGACGACGAUGACAAGGGCGACAAAAAGGAUGACGAUGACUACGGUGAUAAGAAUGACAAGGACGACGAUGAUAAGGAUGACAAGGAUGACGACGAUGAUGAUAAGGACAACAAGGACGACGACGACAACGACGAUGAUAAGGACGACGAUGAUGAGAAUGAUGAUAACGAUGACGACGACGACGACGACCACGACGACAGCCGCAGCGACUGGCGGAAGUACUUCAAAUGCAAGAAGAUGUGCAUCGUGGACUGCUACAGGAGCCUGCCGCCGGUGUGCUACAAGAUGUGCAUCUCGGAGACCUGCCUCAAUCACCCACCCUAUAAACAGGCGGAUUGCUACAAAUCAUGCGGGCACAAAUGCUUGGACCACCACCACCACCACCACCAUCACCAUCACCACCACCACCCAAGCCCGGGUCCAAAGCCCCCGAGUCCGAAGCCACCAAAGCCGGAGCCAAAGCCGACGCCACCAAAGCCCACACCUCCAAAGCCCGCUCCACCGAAGCCCAUGCCGCCACCGUCGCCCAUAUCGCCGCCGUCGCCCAUGCCGCCGAAACCAACCCCGCCGAAGCCGCUGCUAAAGCGGCCGUGCCAUCCUAAUGCACGGAAGCCAAGGCUACCGUGUCCGUCGAAGACUAACUCGAAACCGAAGGCAAAGUCGAAGCCGAAGCCACCGUGCCCGUCGUCGGCCACUGUAUCUGUGUCGACCAACACUAGCAACAACUGAUGGUUAUACACCAUGACGUCUAUGCGCACAUAUUUGAAACAGAGCUUGUCAUAUAUAUAGCACAAAGCCAUUAUGAGUAUAUAUAGAUUAUUGUAUAAGGUUACUCUAUAGAUGAAGAACUAAUUCAUCAGCUCUAGCUAAGCUGGGUACAGAGCUAAUUCAUCAGCUCACCAGUGAUCAUGCGUGUUGCUGAAUAUCUCAUCUAUGUGCGUGUUGUGUAAUGAGAUUAAUGUGGGAAUACAUCAUGGGCGGAGUCAGGAUUUGAACA